AAUUUACUUUGCGUCCUUCGCAUUAGGCUUUAUUUUUUUCGAAUAUAUAAUAAAUUAACUAUAGUUUAAUCUUAGUUAAUUAUCCUAAUAAAUUUUCUAAAGUCUGUUUCUAUACUUUAUAGAAAUCGUGAAAUAUUUUUUAAAGUAACCAAGUAAGUCGUUCCAAUCCAACCCUUAAGUUCACGGCUUCUGUUGGUUGCGCAUCGUGAAAUUAUUUUAUGGAAGUAUUACAAUAAAUAAUCAAAACCUAACUGUGUUUAAUAAUGUGAGUGGAGUUUUAUGUAAAACAUAUGACAAAGUGAUACAUAGGGACUUAAUCAAGUGUAAUACUAUGGUUAUGUUGGUGGGAAAGUCAUUGAACCUACAUACGGCAUGCUGACACUGUGACUUUGUGACGAAAAUAUGUAAAUAAACAUGAAUGAUAUAGGCGUUAAAAUAACAGAAUCUCCGAAGGAUAUAUCGGGGAUUUCUCCAGCGCCAGAGAGUGUCGACAAUGACGUCGAUCCAUUAUCCAUAGAGGAUACGGAUGUGGGUUCGGCUAAGGAUCCCUUGAAUGAAGUAGAUAAUGAUGUAGAGGAGAAGAAGGAAAGCUGUGAUGACAAUGCCAAAGAAGAUAAUAUAAGUGAGAGCCCUAAUGAUGAAAUUUUAACUGUGCAACCGGAGACUAUUAAAGAAGUAUUGCUGAAAGAUGAAGCACCUAUAACUGUGAUAGAGGAAAAAAAUGUGUCAGAUGAUGUCGCGAUUAGUUUAAAACCUGACCAAACUCCUGAUAACACUGUGUCGGAGUCCCGCGAACUGCCUCAGGAAACGAAGCAGUCUGUUGAGGUCCCGAAAGUUAAGGAACCGAGUCCGGUUAAGGAAACUCCUGCGGCAGAGCCCGAGGAAGUGAAAACACAGGAGACUGACACUGAUGUGGCAAUGACUGAAGUGGUGCAGACUAGUGAAAAGACAGAGAAAACCGAAUCAAAAAUCAAUACGCAAUCUUUUAACGGCGAUGUUAUUAAGGAGGAGCAAUCAACAAAACGACGAAUUAGCGAAGACGUUGACACAGAAUCACCGCUAAAGAAGCUCUGCCAGGAAGUCGAGAAGACUUUCCCUCAGCACGAUGUCAUGAUCAGUGAUUACAUUCAGACCGCCACCAAAAACAACGUCGAUGAAAUUCAGAGGCAUACAGAACAACUGCUCUCAGAAAUACAAACGCUAAGAGAACUCGCUCAAAAGAAAGAACACGAAUGGAAUAACAUAUUGCACCUUAAGAAGGUCAAAGAAGAAAUUCUAUUACGACUUCUAAGACGCAAACAAGUUCUAUCCUUCGAGAAAUCGGCAGACGUAAACGGUUCGGAGAGGACGGAUCCCUUCGAUUAUUUAAAUCAAGCUAAAAACCUGGCCAUAGACAAGAGCGAUGAAAUCUCAGGGUUGGCGAUCAAACAGCCGAAUUCUACGAUGGUCAACCCUAUCCUACAGCCGCCAGUGUUGCCAGUCACGACGCAUUUUAACCACAUGUCAGGGUUGCCACCGCCGUACGAUAAAGCUGCACACAUGCAAUCUAUGCCUAAGCCAGUAUUCCAUCAACCUUUAAUGUUACCUGGCCCUAUACCCGGUUUCUCUAGAGAUAUGAACGGCCAAAUGAACAGUUUCGGUAUGCCGAUGGGUCGACAGGGUCCAACUAAAGACGUCAAGUCGAUAAUAGCUGAUUAUAGACAGAGGAAUCCAGAAGUAACGCCGAGACGCGGAAGACGGAUGAAGUCAAUAUUGAAUCCGAACAUGAUGAAUCCACCGAGACCGAUUGCACCUAAAAUUGAUAACUUAAAUAAUUUUAAUAAUCUUAAUAUGCUUUUCAACAAUUUGGAUAUGAACCAAAAAGCGAUGCUGGAGAGACUACAGCAAAUUCAAGCGGGCGGACUUCCCAACGGUGUCUCGUUUAAGGACGUACUCGUUCAAUUCGCUAACAUGCAGCAAACAAACCCUAACCUUAUGCCAACCAGGCCAAUGGACAUGCCCAGUAGACCGGAGCACCAUGUGAGACCUGAUGGGAGACGGAGACAGGAUAGAAGUCAUGAAGAGCCGCACAUUCCUAAGCAAGUGGAGCGGCUGGCCUCGCCCAGUCCCCGGCUACCUCCACCUCCGCCCUAUCCGGAGAUAUCAUUGUUGCCAGUCACAACCAGUCAGGAGACCUCGCAAUCUCAAAGUUCCUUAUUACACGGGAUAUUGACAAAGCAGGCGUCCCCUGCGUCUCAGAGUUUCUCCCCGACGUUGGCUAAACUGCUCACGUCGCCGGAAAGGAAACAGAGCGCGCCAACGUUGCCAACUUUCGGUCAGGCCAAGAACUGCGGUGAGAUCACUAUAACUCCGGUGCAACCCACACCUCCUCCCGAGCCCCAGCCCGAGAAGACCGAGGAAGUGGUGCAGCUGGACGAUGAGGAGAGUCCAGCAUCGGAGUGCUCUGGUGGGGGCUCCCCUGCGGGCUCGGGCUCCGGGCGACUGGUGAUCGACGAGGGUGGGGCUGGUGAGGGUGAGGCGGCGGAGGGUGAGGGUGGUGAUGGCGCGGCGGAGGCUGGUGCUCCACUGUGCCAGGGUUGCCGGCGUCGUGAUGCUCAGUUUGUGUGCGCCGGAUGUGCCAACCAGUGGUACUGCAGUCGGGAUUGUCAGGUGGCGGCGUGGGAUGAUCACUCAGAAAUGUGUUCUGGCUGAGAUUCAGAAAAUGGUGAUGAAACGUAAGUGCACUCACACGACCGCUCUUAACAAUUUCAUUGCCUUAUUUAAUAUAAUUAGUUAAGUUACAUCGUAUAUAUCUAUUCUGU